AUUUCGCAUUUGGAUUGUUAAUUUGUCGCGAUCAACAUGCAGGCGACAAGGAAGAUGACGGAGAAGGAUUGAUUACGCGAUUACUCUUCCAUUUCGUUCUUACCUCCUCCCGAUCAUUUAGGGUUAGGACGCCAUGGGGAGUCCUGCGGCGGCCAGGGCGUCUUCCUCUCCGCAACGGAAUCAGCAGCGGCUUCCUGGUACGACCGAGCAAGUUAGGGUCAAGCGGGAAACCAUUCAAACGGUACUGGAUCAGUGCCAGAGAGCGUUGAAACUUCUGGAGGAUCCCGACUUGAUCGUCGACGCGGAACCUGAUGUUAACUUCAGCGUUGAGGGGAAGGAGGAACCGCCGUUAUCGUUCUCCACAGCUGAUUCUGAUGCCGAUGCCGAUGCCGAUGCCCUAUGUGAAAUGGUUAAAUCUAGAGUUGAAUCGCAGAGCUUCCUCGAAAAGCUCGGGAGCACACAUAUUUCAGUUUCUCAGAGUGAUUCCGCGUGGGAAAUGGUUGGUACAGCAGAUUUAUGGGAGAAAAAACAAUUUGGUGCAGAAAACGAAAAUGACAACGAUGGUUUUGUUCUUGUUAACCAGGAAGAUAUAGUGGAGGGGAUCGUAAGUUUCAUGGCUGCAUACCUACUCUCACUUAAAGAAGCCAAAGAUUUAGCUCCUAACCAACUUCAAAAAGCACUGAGGAAGACGUUCUCCGUCAAGAAGGAGAAAAGCAAGCUUAUGAAGGCAUGGGAAGGGAGCCAAGUCAUUUAUAAUGUUACAUCGUGGGGUGCCACUGCGGUUGGAAUAUAUCAAAACCCGGCGAUCAUAAAGGCGGCGUCAGUGGCAAUUCUAUCAUCUUACCGGGCCGUAUCAAAGUUCCUAUGAAACACGGGUGCCGCUGCACAGGCUUAGGCAUUGUUUGGAAUAACAACCUAGAAUAACACAGGUUGUUAUUGUAAGAUUAUUUUUUAGUUAUUUCAAGGUAUGCUACUCUCAUGUAAAUGAUACUAACAAAAAUAUGAUUUGUUGGCAUUCUUUCUGGAGUGCUUAUUGUAUAUAUAUAUUUGCUUAACUUAUACAAAUAUUUGUGAAAUCUUAUAUAUUUCUGAUUC